ACCCAAACAACCCCUAAUUAUCGCUCUACCUCCACUUUGAAAACUCUUUUACUCCAGCUUUUCUGUCUGCUUCAUCAGUUAACAACAUUUAAUCAAAAAGUACAAAACUUUUUCCCUCUUUUGACUUGUGAUUUUCUGGGUUUUUUCUUGUGACUCCAAAAAAUAUAAAAUUAAAUUCAUCUCACCAAUAUCUAUCUAAUAAAUAACUUUGUAUACCAAAAAAAAAUCAUUGAAAAUGAUGGUGGGAAAUAUUUCCAGUAGUGUGGAUGAAUAUAAGGCGUUGUUCGUUGAAGAGACAAGUUUUUAUAAUCGGAUAUUCUUGGGAAGUAUUUUACCCCCUAUUUUGUGGGAAAAUCUUCCCCAUUUCUUCCAAACAUGGCUUAGAAACUACAUUGGUGGAAGUUUAUUGUAUUUGGGAUCUGGAUUUCUUUGGUGCUUUGUUAUUUACUAUUGGAAGCGCAAUCUCUACAUUCCUAAAGAUUGCAUUCCAUCAAAAAAAGCAAUGAUUUUACAAAUAUGUGUAGCAAUGAAGGCCAUGCCAUGGUACACACUUCUACCAACAUUUUCAGAGCAUGUAAUUGAAAUGGGAUGGACAAGAUGUUUUCCAAGGAUAAGUGAUGUUGGUGUACCAACUUACUUGGGAUACAUUCUCAUUUACCUUUUAAUUGUGGAAUUUGGGAUUUAUUGGGCACAUAGAGAAUUACAUGACAUUAAACCUCUUUACAAGUAUCUUCAUGCAAUUCAUCAUAUUUACAACAAGCAAAAUACUCUUUCCCCUUUUGCAGGUCUUGCAUUUCAUCCCCUUGAUGGUAUUAUCCAAGCUAUACCUCAUUUCUUAGCACUAUUUCUUGUGCCAAUACACUUUACAACCCACAUAACCCUCAUUUUCAUAGAAGGCUUAUGGACAGCCAAUAUUCAUGAUUGCAUUCAUGGCAAAGUAUGGCCGGUGAUGGGCGCCGGCUACCACACCAUCCACCACACCACAUACCGGCAUAACUAUGGUCAUUAUACAUUAUUGAUGGAUUGGAUUUUCGGAACCCUUCGAGACCCUACACUCGACGAUGAUGACUUCGAGUUUAACAAAUCGAAGAAGGUUUGCUAAUGUAUUAUACAGUAACAACGCCAAAACUUUAAUUUUAAAAGAUUAAGAUUGGCGAUAUUCAAAUUAGGGAUUGCAUUUGGUUAAAUGUUUAAUUUCUUAUUGUAUCAAUGUAUAUUCUUUUUGGUGUGGGUGGGGGAUAUAGUCAUUAAUUUAUUUCAAAAUUGAAAAAUAUAUCUCUUAGGAAGGAUUAAAAAUUUAAAAUACAUUAGGACUUUGGGAAAUUCUAGCUUUAGUUUGUGAAAUCAAAUUGUCUAGUUUGUGCAAACAAAUUGUUGUAAAUUCCAAUGUGCAUUGAGCUUCUUUCGUUCAUAAACAUUUUUUUGUUUUACUAUGUUAAUGUUAUGUAUGUAUCUAUGUAGUAUUUGAGAGAAAAUAAAACUUUUUAUACUUGUAAGAAUUUCUCUAUUAAAUUA